GACGGCACUGUGAGGAGGCUGCUGGUACUGAGGACAGACACAGCUGGCUAUGUCCUGUCUUCGGAAAACUGAAGCUCGGAUGAUUUAAAACAGGAGACUUUCAAACUAAUGACACCGUGAGGAGGAGACUUGGACGCACGGAGGAAAAGUUUCUGUCAGGGAGUGUAGUCAAGUCGGCAGUGGCUGUAUAAAGAACUCCAUAUCGGAAGGUUUGAGGGAAGUAUUUCGUGGAGAGACCUUAAGAAGAGGAGGGUUUUUGGGAUGCUGGUUCCCCGCGCGCUCCGCUCCUUGCUGUGCGUACUGAGCUGCGCGUGGCUGCACACCGGAGCGGCCUCGCGGCUCAAGUCUCCCUCUCUGCCCAUCCAGUCAGAGAGAGAGCCGGUGCCAUCCAAAGCCGUGUCAGGAUGCUCAUUCGGAGGUCGGUCUUACUCCCUGGAGGACACAUGGCACCCAGACCUGGGGGAGCCCUUCGGUGUCAUGCACUGCGUCCAGUGCCACUGUGAAACUCAAAAGAGUCGUCGUGGCAAGGUGUUUGGGAAAGUAAACUGCAAGAACAUCAAACAGGACUGUCCAGACCCAGACUGUGACGAUCCCAUCCUGCUGCCAGGCCACUGCUGCAAGACCUGUCCUAAAGGUGACGAUGACAAGAAACAGACUGACUCUGUGCUGGACAGCUUUGAGUAUUUCCAUGAGAAGGGAAAAGAUAAGGAGAGUGACCUCCAUAAAUCAUACAACGACCGAUCCUACCUGAGCUCUGAGGAGCUGGGCGCAGGGGAGAGCCGCACUGACUUUGUUGCAGUAUUGACAGGAGUGACAGAAUCAUGGCUGCCCAGCUCCAACGGUGUUGCCAGAGCUCGCUUCUCUCUGACCAGAACUAGCCUGGCCUUCUCCAUCACAUACCAGAGAAUGGACCGCCCCAGUAAAAUAGCCUUCCUGGAUUCAGAUGGGACGACUGCGUUUGAGUACAGAGUCCCCAAGGGACAGUCAGAUAUGAUCUGUGGAGUGUGGAAGAACCUGGCGAAGCCCAUAAUGCGACAGCUGCAGUCUGAGCAGAUACGCGUCAAGAUGACCACAUUGACGGGGACACGAGAAGAAGUGGAGGGGAAGAUCAUCAAACACAGGGCACUGUUUGCUGAGACUUUCAGCUCGACGCUGACAUCUGAGGAGGAGAAUUCAGGCAUGGGAGGCAUCGCCAUGUUGACGCUGAGUGACACAGAGAACAACCUCCACUUCAUCCUCGUCCUUCAAGGCCUUAUCAAACACAAAGACAAAGAGCCCGUCGUGGUGCCCAUCAAAGUCCAGCUUAUGUACCGCCAACACAUCCUGAGGGAGAUCCGAGCCAACAUCACCUCUCACGACCCGGACUUCGCGGAGGUGCUGACGGACUUAAACAGCCGGGAACUCUUCUGGUUAUCACGUGGUCAGCUGGAGAUUGCCGCGGCAACCGAGGGUCAGGAUCCCAGACAGAUCUCUGGCUUCAUCACCGGCAGGAAAUCAUGUGACACUAUUCAGAGUGUGAUGUCCAGCGGUGAUGCACUGACCCCGGGGAAGACAGGAGGCGUGGGAUCCGCCAUCUUCAACCUCCAUGAUAACGGCACACUCGACUACCAGGUCCAGGUCGCAGGUCUCACCAGUGACUUUGUCGGCCUCACUAUCGAGUUGAAGCCGCGGCGGCGGAACAAGCGCUCCGUGCUUUACGACCUGACGCCAGAGUACAACAAGGCCACGGGUCAGGCGCAGGGCAGCUGGAGUCGUCUGGAGGCUCGACACAUCCACAUGCUGCUGCAGAACGAGCUGUUCAUCAACGUGGCCACGACUCACAACCAGGAGGGGGAGCUGAGGGGGCAGAUCAAGGCCCUGCUCUACAGCGGCCUGGAGGCACCCAGGCAUGAGUUGCCCGUCCCUCUGGCUGGCCACUUUGUGUCUCCCCCUGUAAGAACCGGCGCCUCUGGCCACGCCUGGGUGUCAGUGGACAAAGAGUGUCACCUACAUUAUGAGAUCAUCGUUGCGGGCCUCAGCAAGGUCGACGACCUCACCGUGAACGCCCACCUCCACGGCCUGGCUGAGAUCGGAGAAUUAGACGACAGCAGCACAACUCACAAGAGGCUGCUGACCGGCUUCUACGGCUCACAGGCUCAGGGAGUGUUGAAGGACAUCGGUGUUGAGUUACUGCAACACCUGGACCAGGGAACAGCCUUCAUCCAGGUCAGCACCAAGACCAACCCCCGAGGAGAAAUACGAGGACGGGUCCACGUGCCCAACAACUGUGAGCUGGGGACCAGGGCAGACGUGGAGGAGGCUGAGUUUGACGACCUCUUUGUGAAGGACCCCGAGGAGCUGAAGAAAGACCCCCAUACCUGCUUCUUCGAGAACCAGCACCAGGCUCACGGCUCCCGCUGGACUCCCAACUACGACAAGUGUGUCUCCUGCAGCUGCCAGAAGCGAACUGUGAUCUGUGAUCCGGUCAUCUGUCCGGUGUUGACCUGCACCCGCACCAUUCAGCCUCAGGACAAAUGCUGCCCGAUCUGUGAUGAGAGGAAGGAGCCCAAGGAUAUGAAAGUUCCAGAGAGGGUGGACGAACAUCCUGAGGGUUGCUACUUUGAAGGAGACCAGAAGAUGCACGCCCCAGGAACCACGUGGCAUCCCUUUGUGCCUCCCUUUGGCUACAUUAAAUGUGCCGUCUGCACUUGCAAGGGAUCUUCAGGGGAGGUGCACUGUGAGAAGGUGACAUGUCCGGUGUUGACCUGCAGUCAUCCCGUAAGACGUAAUCCCUCCGACUGCUGUAAGGAGUGUCCGGAGGAGGAGAAGACGGCUGCAGGCCUGGAGCACAGCGACAUGAUGCAAGCAGAUGGCCCGAGGCACUGCAAAUUUGGCAAGAACUAUUACCAGAACAGUGACAACUGGCAUCCCUGGGUGCCGCCGGUGGGGGAGAUGAAGUGCAUUAACUGCUGGUGUGAUCAUGGUGUGACGAAGUGUCAGAGGAAGCAGUGUCCAGUACUGACCUGCACCAACAUCACCCGCAAAGAGGGCGCGUGCUGUCCUGAAUGCCUUGAUUCCAAAGAGGAAGACAAUGUGACGAAAGCUCCAGACAAAAGGCGAACCCAGAGACAAUGAUCUGUGUGGACCCACAUGAACCACCCUUUCCUCCCUGAUGGACCCAAACCCAGAGCUGCACACUGGGUCUCCCCACCCUCCCUCCCUCCCUCACCUCACCUCACCUCACCUCACCUCACACCCACCCUGUUAUCAGCUUCAGGAUUGUAAUGAACAGAGAGGAGCAGAGAUGGAGACAAAACAGAAAUUCUCUAAAGACUCGUUGAGUGAAGGGAUGAAGCUACGAAGAGGACCAACUGGACUUUACAAACCUUUCGCCUUCUGCUUCCUGCCGUCCGUUUUUGCUGGAAUUUCUUUAUUGCUCAGUUUUCCAAACAGGACAAACAGUAUAUAUGUAGAAAUACAACACGGCUGAUGAAUGGGAUCCUUCCGCCGUUGGUCCGGCUGCUUUGAGGGGCAAACUUUGGCAAGAUUGCGCGAGUUGUAUUUCAUCGACAGGGCUUCUUUUUGAAGUACAGCCAUAGCUACUGUACUGUAGCUCUCCCUGCUCUCACUGGAUAGAGGAAAGUGUUACUUAAAUUUGACUGAAUGUGUGUGUCUGUGAGCGUGACUGUGUGUGUGUUUUAUACCAUUAAAGAAUACGACCAUUUGGCAAUACAGAAACAGUAAACUUCCUGGGUGGCAAAGCAGGGUUAAAAAACAGUUUGGAAACUGGGAAACAGUGCCAUACCCCAUCUUUUCUGGAACUUUGAUUCGUUGUAAUAUUUCCACUCAGUCACGCAGCCUGAAAUGGUUCAGCUGGUUGUUAUUUCACUGUCAUACUAAUAAGAGCUUUGCCUUCACCUCCCGUUGCUUCUCUGCUUCGGUUGUUUCUAUUUCUGUUUCGAAUUAAGUAAUAUUUUAUGAAUUUUCUAUCAUUGUCGUUUAUGAACAUGGAAUAUGGUUUGUAUUUUGUAUUUAUUGAAUGGUGUGGAGACAAAAUAAACAGAUGUUUGU